GCGUCAUCAGUAAUCACCCAUUUAAUUCUUUUUCAUCGUCUCAUCAUCGCCUAAUCCCACACUCCACCUACAUUUUGAAGAUUCUCAUCUCAUCCGUUGACCAUAAUGGCUUACAACCAUGUUCUACAGUAUUAACCUACUGGUCAUCCGAUCCAAGUUCGCCAUCACCUACAAAAGAAAAGCUAAACCCCCUCCUCUUUCACUCUCAAAUCUCUUAUUCUCUCUAAUGGCGUUUCUGUGCUCAACGAGAUGUCUACUACUUCUCUUUUUGAUCUCAGCCGUUCCUUUAGGUUUCAUCAUAUCACUAGAGAGAUCAAAAUCAUCAACACACGUGUACGAAUACAAAUCUAAUGGAUGGUUACGAGAGUGUAGUAAAUGGGAUGAUGUUAACCAUAGAUUUCUUGUAUCAUACAUGGAAGGCGGUAUAGGUGAAAUCGUUGUAUCAGACAAUGAUCAUCAAACAGUGAUUGCAGAAAGAACAGUAAUCAAAGAAUCUGAAUUGUCAGGGAACGCAUCUCUAGGAAUCGUAAUCGAUCGGCCUAGAAAUCGUCUUGUUGUUGCUAGUGCUGAUGUUCUUGGGAAUUUGUUCAGUGCUGUUGCUGCUUAUGAUUUGACUACAUGGAACCGAUUGUUUCUUACUCAUCUCAGUGGAUCAGGGGAUGGAAAAGCAUUUGCAGAUGAUGUAGCAGUAGAUGAAGAAGGCAAUGCAUAUGUUACAGACGCCAAACAGAGUAAGAUAUGGAAGGUAGGAGUAAACGGGGAGCUUCUAAGCAUCAUCAAAACCCCGCUGUUCACAUUUAAGGAGUGGUAUGAAAACUUGAUUGCGCUUAAUGGAAUUGUGUAUCACCCUGAUGGAUUUUUGCUGGUGAUUCACACUGUUAAUGGUGCAUUGUACAAGAUUAAUACGAAAACGGAAGAAGUUAAGCUAGUUAAGUUAGUUGGUGGAGGUUCAUUGAGAUUUGGUGAUGGUUUAGAGCUUUUAGAUUCAAGUAGGCUUAUAGUUGCAGGAAAUCCUUCUGCGAGGCUAGUUGAGAGUUUAGAUGGAUGGGAAACGGCUACAGUUGUAGGUAAAUUUUUUGGACCUUUGCAUCGGGUAGCAACUUCCGCCACUGUUAAAGAUGGGAAGGUUUAUCUAAAUCAUUUGGUUGGGUUCGGAAUUCCAAAUGGAUGUAGAAAACAUAACUUUGUUGAAGCUGUGUUCAAACCUGUUAAGUAAGUCUCUUCAAAAUGGAUGUUCAUUACUUGUUAUUGUGUAUCAACAUUAUUACAGGGGGUAAUUUGCGUUACCUCCCCUGACAAAGAUCAUAAUUUGAGUUACCUCCCCUACAGAACAAAUAUUAGUAAAACCUCCUCUCGUCACUUUUUCCAUCCAAACCCGGUUAGCUGAGUCAGCUGCUUCGUACAGCUGGACAAUUUCUUACACUGGAUUUUAUACUUUCCCAUAAUACCCUCAUGUAUGAUCAGAACACCUAGACACGUGUUAUGGUCGGAUUUUCUGAGAUUCGACCGUUCAACGGUCGAAUUUGUGCGGUCACCUUCAACAGUCACCUGCAACGGUCAUCUUCACCAUCCAGUUCUAUAUAAAGCAGAUAUGAAGAGAAAAUAUUUUGCACCUCUCCUUAAAUCCAUUACCACAGACCUGCUCUUUUCAAACAAAACCAAUCUCACCAUCUGAAGUGCAGCCAGAACUAUGGGUGAUUCAUCUUCAAACUCCACCGAU